UUAUUGUGCAUUGUACUCUACCUUCAUUAAGUGGGCAAAUAAUUUCAAAACAAAACCUUUCUUCGAUUAUGUAUCCUCCUCAGUCACUGUAGCAACGGCAUCUUUAUUAUUCUUACCACUUCAUUUCAAUAAAUAAUUCCAAAGCCUUAAUCACGUAGUGAUUGAAGUUACAGCAUUUCUUUUGGAUAGCAUGUAGUACUCACUGUAAUGCGCUUUUGGAUUUCUACAUGAAAGAUGCAUGCAUGAAAUACUUUUCGUAAUUGUCAUUCAAAGAGUACGUGUGGAUCUUAAGUGCGUUCCAUUAGUCACCAUAGAAAUGACAUAUCACUUUCCGUUUAAUUGGUUUAAUUCACCACAGUGAUGCUGUUUGCCGUGUUUAUUGGUCUUCUUUUAACCAUAAUCCAAUCAUGUGGCUGCACUCUUGUUGGUAUUCAUGCAUUGGCUUAAGAGUGCAAGCUAUAGGGCAGCUAGCUAUACUACUUUGUACGGGUGUCUGUAUAGGUGCUGAGUUAGCUAUAGGGUAACCUACUGCUUUGUACGUGUGUCUAUUUACUGAGCUUAGCUGAUUGAGGCGAUGACGUGCGGUUUCAGUAAACUUGUGGAUUUCUUCAAACUUGAGGAGUUACCAGCAGACUUUGAGAAGAAGGAACGCUGGCCUGACACUCAUUCUAUGAUGUACACGGGUGGAACUAUUCGUCCCAUUAUAGAUGGUAAAGUCGAUAAAGUCGAAGCUAUUGGAUUUCACGAGGGAAAGGUCUAUGCUGUCGGUACUGAAAAUCACGUGAGGGCCAAAAUGAACAAAUUCAAACCAAGCUGUAUACAUCUCUCUGAUGAGCAAGCUCUUAUUCCAGGAAUGAUUGACCCUCACUUACACAUUGUGCCCAAAGCUGUUUUCAUGGCUUGGGAAGAUUUUAGUCCUUUUAAUGGCCAGAAAUUGCGAAAGAAUUACAACCUCGACUACCUCAAGAAAGCAAUUGCAAAUGCCAAGUCGAAGUUUGGGAAUACUGACACUGACAAAUGGAUCUUGGGGACAGGGGUAGAUCCGUCUCUCAUGCCUUUCACCAUUGUUUCUGACGGCUUGAACCAGUUGACCUCUCUCGGUACUAGUGCUAUAGAUGCAAUGGAGGACAAGAAUCCAGUUUUCAUUAUGGCAGCUUCGGGGCAUACUGCGUACGUGAACACACCUGCACUCGAGCGAAUAUACCAUAGCUUGCUCAACGUAAAGCUCCGAGAAAAUUUCCCCGAAUUCGAAGAUUAUAACAAGUUUGUCUGCGACCAAGGUGGUCUUCAAGAAGCUGAUAAUAUGAAACCAGCGUUCCUUGCAAUCCCGCUCACCCAGCUGCAUAUUCUGAGCUUGUACAAGAACAUAGACAGUUUCGUGGACGAGGCUCUAUCACGAGGAGUUACUAUGAUGUACGAUGCGGCGGCCAUUGCCCCAACUAUCGGAAUUCUCAACGUUUACCUCUUGUUCCAUCAGAACAAGAUUAGAAUUGGCUAUGCUAAAGUGUGCUCCUCGCUUGCUGAUGUUCAGAAGCUCCCAGAUUAUACACCCAUGAGCGAGUUUAAAAACAACCACGCCGGUUCCGUUAAAAUCGUUUCCGAUGGUUCUAAUCAAGGUUUGACGGGUUAUCAAAACGAACCGUACUGUUGCGAACCUGGUAAAGAGGGUGCAUUUAAUUUCCCGCACGAUGAGGACAAAAUUACAUCUGAUUCUGAGUUUGCCAUGAUGGUUAAAACCGCUACUGACAAAGGAUGGCCGCUAAUGAUUCAUGCCAAUGGUAACAAGGCCAUAGAGUUCACCCUAGAGGCUUACAAGUUGGCUUUAGAAGGAAAAAGUGGAUUGACAAAACGACAUCGAAUUGAGCACUGCUCAUUGGUCGAUGACAAAACACUGGACCGUAUCAAAUCGCUUGGAAUUUCUCCUAGUUUUCUGAUUGGUCAUGUUGGCUAUUGGGGUUACGCUUUCAAGAACGCGAUUUUAGAGGAUAAAGCCGAUCUUUUAGACAUCUGUCAGUCGGCUUUGAAGAAGGACAUGUGUAUUACACUCCAUAGCGAUUGCUUCGUUACUCCUAUCGGUCCGCUACGUCUAAUGGAGCAAGCUAUAACGAGAAUUAUGGAAGAGGAUCCAGCCGAAAACGUUCUGAACGCACAAGAGAAGAUCACACCUGAACAAGCUCUGAAGGUUGUCACGUACAAUGCAGCUUGGCAGUGUCAUGUUGAGAAGUGGAUAGGAUCUCUUGAAGAAGGGAAAAUGGCCGAUUAUGUGAUUCUUGGUGAAGAUCCGAUCACAAGAGCUGAUCCAGUGGGCAUUCGUGAUAUACCUAUUCUCGAAACCUGGGUCGAAGGUCGAUGCAUGUACAAAAAGGACUAACAUUUACUAUACAAUUAAAGACUCUGCUAUAAUUAUAUAAUAAUAAUUAUGAAUCUAUAGUUUUGUGUAAUUUAUUUUGGUGAUAAUUAUUAUUAAUUUUG